AUGUUUAAUUUAGAUUACAGUCAAUUCCUUGCAUCAUUUUGGGCCACAUUUAUUGCUGUCGCAUUAUUAAUCGCAUAUUACUAUUAUGCAAUAAUCGGAAUUCAAGCAUUGGAAACAAACGUUGAUGGCAGAAUGCUUUUGCCACCAAAUUCACAAAGUCUUGAAGGAAUUCGAAUUAUGGAUGAAAUUGUUUGGCCAGAUUAUUUAAGUAUCAAUUAUAUUAUACGAAAACCACCAAAUUUCUCCAAUCCCAUUGAAUAUCGCAAUUUUACGAUGAUGAUUAAAGAAAUGGAAAAAUCGGAAAAUUCAUUGGGUUCAGUUGCAACGAUGCAUUGGGUAAAAGAUUAUUUACGAUAUCUCGCUAAUCCACAUGCUACCAAACUUGAUGUUAUUUUUGGAAUUUCUGGUGUAGAAGCUAACGGAACAGCUUAUAUGGAAGACG